CUUUGGUACUAUGCGGUAGUCACUCCCCUUGUCAUAGUAUGGAGUAGGUACUCUUCGGUAGUGCUGAGAACUCAAAACCGUUCCGUGUACCAGCUACCCCACCCUUCCCCCCUCAAACGCAUACAGUGUACAGAAAACCCCAUUCAGGAAGAGAGAGGCUUGGGAGGAGCUCUUGUCCUACGCCCAAAACAGUCGGUUUGCUGUUGGGUCCAGCAUCUUUUGCGUGACGGCACGGCAUUAAUACCACCAUCAUCUGCUUUGUCGUCGCGAGCCCGAGACUUAUAACACCCGAAGCGACGCGGAAAAGCCGGGCUCUGCCCGCGACGCCGAGCUCUGGACUGUGCAGUUAGUCGCUGAGGGGGGACGACGAGCUGAGAGACAGAGAGAGACAGACAGAGAGAGGUUGUCCGUGGAAAGAGAAAAAAAGAUGCGGAUCGCGUGCCUUCAGUUCGCGCCGCAGGUUGCGGAUGUGGAAAACAACCUCAACAAGGCGGACGAGGUCCUCAACCAGGCGGAUUCCGACGAUCUAGACCUGGAUCUAUUGGUCCUUCCAGAACUGGCCUUCACCGGCUACAACUUCAAGUCAUUAACCCACAUAUCUCCCCAUCUUGAAGAAUCCAGCACGGGUAUCAGCUCGCUCUGGGCUCGGAAUACAGCCCUCAAGCAUGACUGCACCGUCGUCGUGGGAUACCCCGAAAAGGUAGAUCCGACGCUGAACUGGCCUACGGACCCCCAGUAUUACAACUCGGCAAUAGCUGUCAACGGCGAUGGCGAAACAGUGGCCAACUACCGCAAAUCCCAUCUGUAUUACACCGACGAGACUUGGGCUUUGGAGGGCUCCCAUGGCUUCUUUAAAGGACGGCUUCCAGGCUUAGGUCAAGCCGCCAUGGGGAUAUGCAUGGACCUCAAUCCUUACAAAUUUGAAGCUCCUUGGAACAAGUUCGAAUUUGGACAACAUGUCUUGGACAGUGGUGCUCGACUUGUCAUAGUUUCUAUGGCUUGGCUUACCAAUGAGGAUUCUCGAGAAUUCACCAGCACUCCCCUGGAACCCGAUAGCAUGACUUUAUUGUACUGGGUGUCUCGUCUUGAGCCGCUAAUUCGGGCAGAAUCGAACCAAGAAGUCAUUGUCGUCUUUGCGAACCGCUGUGGCAUCGAGGGCGAAGCAACUUAUGCCGGUACCAGUGCUGUUGUUGGCAUACAGUCUGGCGAAAUUUGGGUUUACGGUAUAAUGGGCCGCGGUGAAACGGGUCUGCUUGUCGUUGAUACCGAGUCUGAGCCGUAUGCUAGACUGUCUUACCAGCCGCUCCAGCCCAAUAUUCGAUCCGAAGACGAUGCCUCACCAGACCUGGAGAAAAACUCUGGCAAUGGCCCGUAUCAACACAAUGAGUCUCAUGACCAGUCUCGCGAAGACUAUGAGAAAUCAUCGAAGGCACCCAUUGACUCUUCAACGGACCAACAAGAAGAUGAUUUGCAUAUGUGGCUUAUGGGUAACUCGAUUGAUCCGGAUGUGCGACAAAACCACCAAUCUUCCGAGUACAACAAGGAAUAUGUUAACCACACGACAAACAAGCCGCAGGCUGAGAAUAUACAGAGAUCAUCAAGCUCAAAAUUGAAUAUCAAUUCCCUACAGCUCGAUAUUCCGCCUGAUCAAUACAUGCUCAGACGAUACCUCGAGGCUGAGUCUCCGAUAUCCCAUCUGGACUCAUUCAAACCCCCGAAUCAGUCCGCAACAGCACCUCCAGAGGAACUCCGGGGCUCGCGAAAAGAUCGAGAUGACUACGUAGCUUUCUACCCAGACAUGAUGGAAGAUGAGAAGCGGUUCAGCCUGCGAUCUGACGUGUCUGUCUGGAACAACGAACCUGGCCGGGUUCGCCAAAUAUCUGUCUCAAUGAUUGACGCCCCCGAAUUAUCGCAUCUAUCGACUCAAGAACGGCCCAGGACUGUUGAAGCGGGGAAUAGCGCCAGAUUUCAAGAAAGAAACAGAAACAGGCAUAGGGCACAUAGCCAGCGGCAAUCCUCUGAUUGGAAUAGUCGGCGUGGUAGUGACUAUGGCAUGCCGCUAUCGCGACAGUCGUCUCAGAAUCAACUCCGAAGCAAGUACAGCUAUAGUCAAAUCGACGAAAUGGCGAGGAGUUAUUCCAGCAGUGCUGUUCUACCAGUCCACCUUUUGCAAUCUCACACAGUUUCACAAGUAGCUACAGAGGAGACUGGGAGGGGCAGGCGGCGAUCUUCGCACAAACAACUCAAAGAGGGACGGCGUGAGUCUCGUGGCACGCAAAUGUCCCAAAGAGAGCCGAUUGAUCUUUCGCAGUUUGCUCUCAUCGAAGAAUAUCCUUCUGCUAGCUGUCCGGUGCACGGAAGUCGCCCUCCAUCUGGGACCAGGCGUCAGGACAGUUCUAGGGCCAGAGGGCGAUCAGGGAACCGUUCGCAACCUUUGCUAGAGGCGGAAACAGCUAGGAGACAAUCUACUAGGCGCGGCACGUCGCAGAAUGAAAGCCAGAGGGACGGCCACAGUCUAUCACACCGACGUACGCACUCGUCACAGCCUGAACAAGUCCGGUCCAGCAUUGAGACGAGACGGGGUGAGAAGGAGAGGUCCAAAGAAUCUACUGCAAAGACGAGUUCCGGCCCCAAGACGCCGACUGCCAUGCAAUUGAUUCCCGAUCUGGAGUUACUUGAUGGCCUCGAGAAAACGUUCUCUUUGCUGAAAUGCGUGGAAAAGACUCCAGCGCAUAUUGUGAGGCGACGUGUGAGCUCAGUCUGGUAGGAUACAUAUUUUGCUUGGUUUGGGCGGCCGGUGUCAUUUGACUUUGAUUUGCUUGAUUGAUUUAGCGAGAAUAUUUGCACCAUAGACGAAGUUUUUUCUCGUAAUGCUACGUAAAUCCAAGUGAAUGGCUCAAGUAUGGCACAUCUGAUUUUGUCACAUACUCGUACGGUAUAAGCAGGGCCUCACGAAUAUUACUCGUACACAGACGCCCGUCCCUUGCAUUUUAGACGUGCAUAAGCGAAAGGGAGGGGUUCUCAUGUAUACCGCAGCCACUGUAGGCAUGCGGCUUUAGUGCAUGUACCUUGGCUGCCGAGGUUCCAGGUUAAUAGCAUGUACAACGAAUGUGAUGGUGAUGCAACAGGUGC